UAAAAAAAUUAAGAUGGUAAUAAUAAUGGUUUACCUUGCUUAAGUGUAAUGGUUGAUUGGUCCCCAUUUCUGAGGAAUCUCCUUGGGUUCAUAAUAUUCUAAAAUAUCCAGAAUCCAUAUUUUUAAUCAUUGGGUUAAAAUCUUAUUUAAUUCAACAUUAUUUUUUCACAAUUUUUUGUGAUUUUUUAUUAUACUAUCCUCUGAUUUUACUUUCCCAACACAAUUCUACUUUACCAUAUUUAUAUUACAUUAAUCUUUGCUCCAAUUUUUCUCUUCAAAGAAGUUGAUUUGAAUAUUUAUCGGAAAUGGGUAAAUUAUUAAAGCCAGGACGUGUUGUUAUUCUAUUAUCUGGCCGCAGAGCAGGCUGCAAGGCCGUCGUGGUUCAAACCAACGAAAGCUCUAGUAAGAAAAGGCCCUACUUGAACUGUCUUGUCGCUGGCGUUGAAAAGGCUCCAAUGAAAGUUACUAAGAAGAUGUCAAGCAAGAAGAUUGAGAAGCGACUUAAACUCAAAGCCUUUGUUAAAUACGUUAAUGUUAACCAUUUAAUGCCCACAAGGUACAUGGUUACUACAACACUGGACCCCAAAUCCUUAGUGUCAGAUGAGCAGAUGGAGAACAAAUCAUCCAGAAAGGAAGCAAGAAAAUCUGUAAAGGCUGUUUUGGAAGAAUGCUUUUCAAAUCCUGAAAAUAUCGACCCAACUCAGAAGGGAACUAGGGAUACAGCCUUUUUAAGAAAGAAACUUCGAUUUUAAUCUAUUAUAUUACUUUA